CGGUUCACGAAGGUUAACAUGUAGCGUUCUCGUAUUUUGCCGCGUAAAUAUAUUUAGUAGUGAUUAAUGAUUAGUAACCAACAAAAAUACUGCGUAAACAGCGUAAACGGAAGAACAAAGCUGAGCUAUUGAAAUACUGCAAAAAAAUGGACAGUUCAACGGAACAUGAAAUAGAUAAUGAUACAACCAAGUUAAAAACUAACAAAAAACGAGUACAUGUGGAUAGUGACGAUAAUGACGAGAUAGUUACUAAAAAAUCCCGGACUGAAAAUGAUUCUUCAGAAAAAUAUGAUGAUAAGGAAUCCAUGAAAGACGAACUAACAGAUAAAAGUGGAACAAAUUUUGAUGAUCAAAAAAAUCCGAAAGAAAAUGAACAUACUUCUAAGAAAAAGGAUGUAGAUGAUAAAGUAGAUGAAAAUAACAAAAACUCGGAAGAUUCUGCUGAUAAUAAAAAAGCCUCAACAGAAUCAGAAGAAUCGGAUGAUAAUAAUGGUAAAAAAUCAAAUAGUAGCGAUGAUAGUACCAAAGUUAAAAAGACAAAGAAAGAUAGAAAAAAGGAACAAACAAAAAAUAAGAACGUCAAACGAGAUACGGAUUCAGAAGAUAGUUCGAGUGAGGAAGAUUGUACUAAAAUAAAAAAGAAAAUCCAAUCUCUUGGUCCCCUGUCAAAAAAUAUUGUUAAAUCUAAAGGAAAUAAAGAAGAAAGUGAUAAAAAUACGAGUGAUGAUGACGAUAAAAGUUUGUCUGAAGAUAAGAAAAAACUUGACUCCAGCAAAGAUGAUGCCUCUGAAGAAGAAAAAGAAAAUCAUAAUCGUUCAGAUACCAACGACAUCAGUAGUGAUUCAGAAUCAGAAAAUCGUAAACGAAUAAACAAAAAACAGAAUACUAAAUCAAAAUCUUCAAAAACUCCUAAAGUACCUAAAAGUUCUAAAAUUUCCGACAACGUUGAAAAUAAAAAAAACAAACAUAAGAAGAGUGACAAUAAAGACAAAAAAGUUAUGAAUAAGGAAUCUAAUGACUCAGAUAAUUCAAAAAAUUCAUCAGACAGUGAAGAGAAUUUCAGUGACGAUGAAGAUGAAGAAAAGGAUAAAAGCAAAGGAAAAAAGUCGCGAGGUUCCGUUAACUUUGAUAAAAAAGUGAAUUCCUUGAAAAAAUAUAUACGCUUGGCUGGUAUAAGGGUUCAAUGUUAUAAAAGAUUAUGGAAUGAUUGCAAGAGUAAUAAACAACGAAUCGAUAAGUUGAAGGAAUUAUUAGAAAAGAAUGGGGUUUCCGGAAGGCCAUCUAUAGAGAAGUGCAAGGCAGCAAAAAUUGAACGUGAACGUAUUCAAGAAAUUGCUUCUUUAGAUACUGCAAAUAUUAUUUCAGAAGGUCGUGUUAACCGAUCUCGACGAGCUCCUCUAAGAAAACAGAAAUCUCCUACUCCCCCACCAGUUUCUACAACCGAACAUGAAAAAAUACGUAAGAGAAUUAAAUUAAUAGUCGAUAGUGACUAAGUACAAGUUCAUUGAAAUGUUAAAUUUAACUAAGUUAAAGUUAACCAGUUUUAAUAAAUAAGUGAUUUCUCUUAUUAAUCUCUAAUAAUCAGAAAUUACAGUAUUUAUGUAUUAACCCUUCAGUACCCUCGCUAUGAGAAUUUUUCUCACGCAACAACAUUCAACUUAUAGGAUGUCGCUGCAGUGCAAGUGAGACACUAAAAAGAACGUGGGUACUGAAGGGUUAAUAAGCAAAAAUUCACCCAGCAAAUCAAUAUAAUGUUUUCCUUAAUUCAAUGAUUGUAAACAAAAACUAGUUAACAUUCAAUGAAAUAUUAUAAUAUCUUGAUCUGAGUUAGACUCAUGAUACAUAAUUGUAUACAAAUUAAACAAUUGUAUUAUUCAAUGAGUUUUUGUCUUCCGAUGCUAUCAAAGAAUGUACUAUUUCUUUUUAUUAGACAAAAAAAUCUUUUUUGCUUGUCAUAAACAUGAAAUGUGUACUUGGUGUGAUACAACAGUGAUUUAUAUAUCAUAGAACUCUCAGUAAAAUUUGUAAGAAACUAAAUGUUGCAAAAAAAAAAAAAAUAAACAUAUAAUCAGAAUCUA